AGAGAAGAGAAGCAAAAGCUAACCCUGCCGCCAAACCAAGCCUGCCCUAGAAAAGCAAAAUACAGGAAAGGGUGGAGCGCGGGGAAGGUGACAGUAACAUGGGGACCUCUGCAAACGCCGUCACCGGCAGCCGAAGCGCCACCGCCACCGUCGACAAAGACGUUGACUAUGCACAGUACUUCUGCACCUACUCUUUCCUCUACCACCAGAAGGAGAUGCUCUCCGAUCGGGUUCGCAUGGACGCUUACUUCAAUGCUAUUUUUGAGAACAGAUCUCACUUCCAGGGCAAGACUGUUCUGGAUGUGGGAACUGGAAGUGGCAUUCUUGCUAUAUGGUCAGCACAAGCAGGUGCCAGGAAGGUUUAUGCGGUGGAAGCUACAAAGAUGUCGGAACACGCACGUGCACUAGUGAAAGCGAAUAAUCUCGAGGACGUAGUUGAAGUCAUUGAGGGUUCAAUGGAGGAUAUUUCCUUGCCAGAGAAAGUUGACGUGAUCAUCUCUGAGUGGAUGGGUUACUUUCUUCUGCGCGAGUCUAUGUUUGAUUCUGUUAUAUGUGCUCGUGACCGCUGGCUCAAACCAACAGGAGUGAUGUAUCCUAGUCAUGCUCGCAUGUGGAUGGCACCUAUCAGGAGUGGGAUUGGAGAUAAAAAAAUGGGUGAUUACUAUUCAGCUAUGGAUGAUUGGCACAACUUUGUCGAUGAAACAAAAACCUGCUAUGGUGUUGAUAUGAACACUUUAACAAAGCCUUUUGCAGAGGAGCAGAAGAAAUACUAUCUACAGACAUCAUUGUGGAACAACCUCCAUCCACAUCAAGUCAUAGGAACUGCUGCUGUUGUAAAGGAAAUGGACUGUUUAACUGCCACAGUGGCUGACAUAGAGAAAGUCAGAUCAAAGUUUUCUAUGUCAAUAACCGUGGAAAACACAAAGUUGUGUGGAUUUGGAGGAUGGUUUGAUGUAUACUUUCGGGGAAGAAGUGAGGAUCCUGCUGAACAUGAGAUCGAGUUAAGUACUGCUCCUAGUGUAGACUACGGUACACACUGGGGCCAACAGGUUUUUCUCUUACAUCCUCCUACUAAUGUGAGUGAAGGUGAUGAGUUAAGUGCUUCUUUCCUAAUGACUCGUUCAAAGGAAAACCAUCGUCUAAUGGAGGUUGAGCUUGAGUGUGAGCUUAAACAGCAAUCUGGCAAGCUUCUUGCACCUUUCAAAAAUCAGUACUACAUUGAAUGAGUAUGGAUUCUUUGUUCUGGGGACUUCAAGCAUUGUACAAGGAAUGUGCAAAACAUGUUUUGUCAUCUUUGCUACUGUAUGGAUGUCAUCACCUUGAGGUUGUAUGAGUCACUUAUGAAGUUAAAGAGAAGCAGUUGGCGUUGUUUGUAACACUUGUUCUAUCAACCAUUUGGUUGUGACUAGCGACUCGCAAACAGCAUCAUUCCGUGAUGGUUUGAUAAUCAGCGUAUAUGUUACUUUCACCUAAAGAAAAGCUUGUGCUCUAUUUGCUUUAUAAUGUGCUUUACUCAGGCUUGUAUUUAUCGGUUGGUAAAUUGUAGGAUACCUGAUGGUUUUUAUUUUGGCGUUCCAUAUUGCAACAGAAUUUUCUUUUGCCAACUUCAAUAGGAAGAGAGUAGAAAUGUUGCAAUCUAUCGGAUAUUUUUCCUUAAUUGGUCAUAUUUGGCUUUGGAUCUCCUUAGCAUGGAUGUUAUUUUCUGACAAAUUAAUCAAAAGAAAAGUUAUCUCA